AUGACGGACACCGAAUCCAACAUACCAGUCGUCGACCUGUCAUGGGCGUCAGACCCUGUCAAAAAGCAAGCACUGCUCAAACAGUUACGCGCCGCAUUAUUUGACGUCGGCUUCCUGUACAUCAUCAAUCAUGGCGUGGCGAAGUCCACGACAGAUCAGCUCGCAAGCUUACUUCCACAUCUAUUCGCUCUUCGGCAUACCAAGAAAGCCGCCUGGAGCAAAACCAACAGUCCCCAUUUCCUUGGCUACAGUGGUUUCGCAGAGGAGACUACCCUUGGAAGACAAGAUCUCAGAGAACAGUUUGAUUUCGCCACUGAGCUUCCCGUAGUCUACAACGAGCGCAAAGAUAUCGGGACCAAUGCCCAUCAGACUGACACGGGCUCAAGCAAUGGCACAACGUGUCACCGCGACCUCAGCAAGCUGUAUUGGCGCCUACGAGGACCAAAUCAAUGGCCAUCGGAAGAAGACGUCCCAGGAUUUCGUGAGGCCUUGACAAAUUACCACGACGCAUUACAAGCCCUGUCUUGCCGCUUCGUCAACUUGAUCGAGGAGGCUUUCAACAUUCCCGUUGGCACAUUCGACCACUUCUUUGGUCUGCCAAGCCAGAGUAAUCCUACAUCCGUCGACGCACCGAAGAGGUCUUUUCUGCCGCCUCAACACCGAAUCAAGCUCUGUCGCUACCCACCCGCGGAUCCUCAAAGCAAUGGUGGUCAAGGUGUUGGCGCUCACAAGGACUCCUCCGGCUGGUUGACAUUUCUGUAUCAGGUCGGCAAUGAGCCCGGCCUUGAGGUGCUUUCAUCGUCAGGUCAUUGGCUUCCAGUGAAGCCCAUUGAGGGAUGCUUCGUUGUCAAUGUUGGUAAUGCUUUCGAGGCUGCGACCGAGGGUACUGUGAAGGCCACGAUCCACAGAGUCAUCGCGCCGGCCCAAGCAGUAAUGUUCGGUACUCCAUCCCAUUCUUUCAAGGGCUCCCUCUUGACAUGA